AUUGCAUUAUCAACCUUGAGCUGGAAAAACCAGCCAACGGCAGCCUGGGAUUCGCUUUGGUAGGGGGCAGGAAUGGCCGGGCCAUCUUGAUCAAAGCCAUCAGCCCCGGCAGCGCUGCCGAUCGUGAUGGAAGACUGCGUGUGGGCGACAUCUUACUGAAGGUGAACGGGAACCUUCUGUCUGGGCUAACACGCAACACGGUGAUAGACAUUCUGCGCAGAACUCACGGUUCGGUACAGCUGACCGUUUGCCGGAGCACGGCACUUCACUGGGCUUCCCAGUGGGACGAAUCUCCGUUACAGAACGAAUCGACACUGUUCGAUGGAUAUGGUGGCGGGGGAGUGCUAGGAUCCCAGCUGGACUUCGCUUUCCAAGGCCUUGAAGAAUCCACUCAGAUGAACAGCCAGGUCAAUGAAAAACAUAUCCUGGCACCGAGCGCAAGCGAAGACGAAGUCAUCGCCCAGAGGCUGUCUGCAAUGCCCAGAGGCUUGAAUGUGGUCACUGAAGACCAGCUGCUGCAGCUGGCAGAGAUAAAGCCGGUGCGGAGAAGACACGGCCUGCAACACCACCUCGAUCGUCUGAUCCAGGACCUUCAGAAACAGAUUGAACACGAAGAGAUGCUGAAGGAGUUUGUCGACCUAGAACACAUCAAACCGACGGACGAUUGCCUGAUAGGCAAAGCGCCAGAGAACCGGGAGAAGAACAGAUACCGCGAUAUCCUGCCGUAUGAUGAGACGCGAGUUCCCAUUGGGGAGACGAAGGGAUACAUCAAUGCUAGCUACAUCCAUGUGCAAGUGGGCAAAGAGGAGCUCUUCUACAUCUCCGCCCAGGGCCCUCUGCCGUGCACGAUGAAUGACUUCUGGCAAAUGGUGUGGGAGAACCACUCCAACGUCAUCGCCAUGAUUACAAGGGAAACGGAACGCGGGGCGUCCAAAUGCCAUCGGUACUGGCCCGAGCCACCCCACACGUCUCUGGAUCUGCUUCGGUUUCAGCUGCGACUGGAUAACUAUCAGAUCCUGAAUUGUUUUAUCAUUAGAAUAAUAGAAAUCACAAACAAGAGGACGCAGGAGAAGCGCAUGGUGCACCACCUCCAGUUUACCUCCUGGCCGGACCACGGCACCCCCCGAUCGCCAGAGCACCUCAUCAGGUUUGUCCGCUUCAUGAGGAAAGUCUGCAAGACCGGGCCCCUCAUCGCCCACUGCAGCGCUGGGAUCGGCAGGAGCGGAGUGCUCCUCUGCGUCGACAUCUUGCUGACCCACAUAGAAAACGAUCUGCCCUUCGACAUCAAGAAGAUAGUGAGGGAUCUGAGACGUCAGCGCUUUGGCAUGGUUCAGACCAAGGAGCAGUAUGUGUUUUGCUACGAAAUCGUGCUUGACGUCCUGAAGAACAUCCAGAACAUGAAUUCCCAGCUGGUCUGCUAA